AUGAUCAUCACCUCGGCCAAUAAUUUCAACGACGUCAAAGUUGAAGACGUGUCCCAUUUGGGCGGCAUGGGUUGCUACCUCCGACUUUGGGUCCAACCUUCGCACGGCCAAAAACUCGAGAAACGACUGUUCGGGGAAUACAAACCCACGUUUUGGGCGCGCUAUGUUAAUGAUACCUUCGUAAUCAUCGAUCAGGAUAAAAUUAGUUACUAUGAAGAACUAUUGAACUCAAUCAUCCCCGACCUACAGUUCACGAUGGAAGAGGAAGUAGAGAGCAAACUCUCAUUUUUGGAUGUUCUCAUCUGCCGCCGACCAGACGGUAAACUGGCGACGUCAGUCUACAUAAAACCGACGAACACGCUACAAAUGCUCAGUUACAACAGCAACCACCAACUGCGACACAAACGAAGCUGUGUACGCACGCUACAACAACGGGUGGAAACUCAUUGCAGCACUCCAGCCGCCAAACGGAACGAGAUGAAGCUCCUCCAAGAACCCUUCAGAUCCAACGGCCAUCCGCGAACAUUAAUUGAACGGAGCCGAAAGCAACCGAAUAGGCGUUGUCCACAGGCUCGACUCAACAAUCCGCCGGCAAGUGAUGCGGCCAAAAGACCCGAUCCCUAA